CGCUAGGGCCGCCAUUUUUAAUUUAAUUUCACAUCGACUAUUCUCCGGACGUUCUGAAUGUAGAGGAUCAAGAGAUAUUUAAGGAAGAACAAAUUGCGGAACUAUGACCACAGCAGCAAGACCGACCUGGGACACCGCAAAGGGUGGCCGAGGAAAAGGAGAGGGUGACCUCUCGGCAUUAUCAAAGCAGUAUUCGAGUCGGGAUUUACCAUCACACACAAAACUAAAACACAGGUUAGGAAUAAGGGCUUUCGUUACUUUUAAGGGAUUCGUGCUAUGUAGGGGGAAAACUGUCUGAAUGCACGCGCGAAAUGGCGUUUAAAUUCGGAAUAAAAGAGAAAAUGCGAGUGUGGGUUGUCGACAAGCAAGACCGAGAAACUCUUCUGCUGCUGAUCCAAGAUACUAUCUUACCUGGAACCAUUCUGUUGUAACAUGAACAACGCAGAAUGACGCCUUAAAAGUAACGAAAGCUGGAAUAAGUGAUGAUGGUUGUUGUAAUUUACAUAUUUUGACUUUUCAAGACUUCCCUAAACGCUUGUAUUUUAAGACUAGAACUCCUUAGGUUGCUAUUGAUAAUAAAUCGUGCAGAUGAAUGUCAUGAAAGUGUUGAUGAAAUAACGUCGGCAAAAUUUGCGAGCAAGUAGAACAAAUUGAUGGCGUCCCAGGGUAAAAAAAAUUGUGUCGAGUGUCAAAUGAGUGGCUAGUUCUGGCCCCAGUGCAAACUGAGUGUUUUACAUUACAGUGUAUUCUCGUUAGUUCUGAACUUGACCAAAUAUACUUACAGAGGAAAUCCUUGUGUUGUGUUUUUUUCAAUACUUGUGGUAGCCUUAAAAUGGACCCCUUCCACAUUUUUUGUAAGUUUCCAUCUAAACCACACCUUAAUGAAAUAACAUCAUUACUUUUUUUAAUAAUACUAAUAUUGCUAAUCAACAGGCAAACGGGUCAAGACACUGUUGAAGAGGUCCGCAGCAGAGACUUCCGCAAAGAUUUGGAAGAGAAUGAACGUCAAGCAGCACGUGAGCGUGUUAAGGAGAAAGGAAUCAAAUCAGCAGUUGAACAACCGAAGAGACCUCGACUUGAUCAACCACCUCCCUCAAAUCUAGAUGCAGAUGAUCCAAUUGAUGAUGAUGAUGACGAUGAUGACGAUGAAAGGUGUUAUGUUUUUACAUGCCAUUGACCUUCAUAUUUUGUUGAGCAGACAAUGAACAUUUUUUGACUUUAAAGACCACACAGGACUUUGAGAAAAGAAUUUCAAACAACAUAGUACUUUCCAUAAUUACAUGUAGAGACUCAUUAGUUCAUGUUGUAGGUCAUUUAAGAAAAUAUUUUCAAAUAGUUUAUAAAUUCGCAUCUUUUUCCUAAUCAAUGGCAUACAGUGAUGAUGAAGAUGACACAGCAGAACUUCUCGCUGAGCUGCAAAGAAUAAAAAAAGAAAGAGCCCAAGAGGAAGCCAAAAAGGUUUGAUUUACUAUUGAUUACCCUGCCCUUUCUUUUUUUUUCUCUUUUUGUACAUAAAAUAGUAAGUUGAAGGUGUCCUGUCUGGGACAUUCAGUAAAUAAAGCAAAGCAUGAUUAGUAGCAGAGGUGUGGUGACUAGUUGGUGUGGUAAUGUGAUUAGUAGUCAUGCUGUGUUAAAAUAUGAUAUACACUGUAUUUACACAGUAAUUUGAAGGUGCCCUGUUCUGGGCAUUCAGUAAGGAAAACAAAGUGUGAUUAGAAGCUGAGGUGUGAAAAAACUAGGCAGCUUUGGGUCAAGUGGUGUAAUUAAUAUACUUUUUAAGAGUUUGUACUUGUCAGUGUUAUCUCACAUGAUGGCCAUGUGUUGUAUGGCAGGAGAGAGAAAAGAAAGAAGAAGAGGAAAAAAUAAGAAUGGAAAAUAUUAUGACUGGAAAUCCCUUACUCAACACACAGAACAAUUUCAAAGUGAAGAGAAGGUAUUAAGUAGUAAUGAUAAAAUGAUCUUGUUGAUACUGAAUUUCUUUAGCUCAAUUGUUUGGCUCAUUUUUAUACAUUGUUAGUUUGUUCUUUGAAAUCACCAUUUCCUUUGUUGAGCCUAACGUUAUCAUAUUCAUUUUCAAAUAUUAAGAUGGGACGAUGAUGUUGUAUUCAAGAAUUGUGCCAAAGGAGAGGAUGGAAAAAAGAAGGUGAGAUGAACUUCUGGAAAUGCUUUGUCCUCAUGACUGACAACACUUUUUCAGUAACUACCUCCUCUGCUGUACAGUUCCCUCUAAAUUACCUGAGUUAAUUUGGUAUCAUCAAACUAACAAUCCCUACAUGUAGGUGAUGGGGUAUUCUAUUCUUGUCAUCUUUUUUUUCUGGAUUAUAGAGAGAGAUAUUUGUUGAAAAGAAGUGUAAUUAUUAUAUAGUACACAUGUAGCCCUUCUUCAGUGAGAACAUUCAAUAAGUGCAAGAGUACUCAUUGAUAUUCUCCUCAAAGUUCUUUUUAAUACAGCAAUAGUGAAGUUCAAUUAACUUCUUGCUUGAGAGCCUCUGACUUGGGUAUAGAGAAAUCAUGGACUCACUGUUGUGGACCCAGCUGCAGAAAGAGUGGAUAACACUAUCCAACAGAUAAAUCGUUGAUUGCAAACAUAUAGCUUUGUCCAUCAAGUAAGGAUUUAUCCAGUGGAUAGCAUUGUCCAACCUUUGAACCACUGAGGUCUGGAUUAUAAACUCUUUUCUUUGUAUAAUUAUUGUGCUUUACAUAAAGAGCUAAAAGAGCUAUUGUAAUUAUGAUUUUUAUUUUUGUUCUUGUUUGUCCUUAUACAGGAACAACACUUCAUCAAUGACACCUUACGUUCAGAAUUCCACAAGAAGUUCAUGCAAAAAUAUGUUAAAUAAUGAAAAGAUUUGACUGCUGUCUCGACAACUCUGCAUGUAGGAAUCCUAUUCUGGUCAUAGUAGAAUGAUGUGUAGCAACCCUUAUUAGAGAGAACUUUGCUUUCCAAGAACUGAGAAUGCUUUUAUUGCAACCAGGGAAACUUGGGUUCAUUGAUCUCUGAUAUAUGUUCCAGUUCACAUCUUAAGAUGGUUUCAUCUAACAUCCCUACAUGGAAGGAGAAUAUAUCCACUUGUGACAUGUCUGCUUGGGAUAUUUGAUUGAUUAUAAAACAAACCAUUUUUGAAAGUGUGGUGAAUUGUUUUGCUGAAGCCUUUUUUUUUGCUUUCACCUGUGUCUUAACAAAAUAUAGAGCAAUUUCCAAUGAGUGUCAAAAGUAAUUUGAGAUUGCUUAAGUUUUACUUUGCUUUGGUGCAUGAUCAGUCUGUAAAACUUGCACCAUGCUAAAAUCCUUGAGUCCUAAUUUGCCAAUGACAAUGGAAAACUGUUAUGAUUAACUGUUGUGAUUGGUUUGGUUCUACUAUAGUCAUUCAAUAACUGCUCUCACAGGGGGCCUGAAAAACAUAGCAGUGCAAAUGUGAGAAUUUGCAACCUUUUUGUAACUCUGUAGUUAAUGUUGAAAUAUGGUGGUUUUUGUACUUAGACUAGUUCUCUCUUUUACCCCCCUUUGUGUGAGUUAUCACCUACUCCAGUUAAUCUAUUCUAUAAUCUCUUCUUUCUUAAACAAACCUGAAGGAUUUAAAUUCCAUUGAAAUAAAAGUCUCUUUUGUUGACUUCUUAGUUGUUAACAAUCAUAACAAUUUUAUCUCAAGGUAACCGAGUCCCACCAAACUUAAACAUUUAAAUCUUCUUGGCCAUGGAGUGUCACCCACCCUAAACAAUCCUUUCCUGCUCCCCCUUGCCUCUAACUGCCAACCUUCUGGGUUAAGGCAGCAUAGAAAAAUUAUUUCAUUCAUGUGGAUUUCAUUGACAAAAUUUAAAUGUUUGGAGUCUUUCACCAUGGCUAUAUGACCAAAGUAGCAUGUCAAGUUAAAACACAGAUGUGAAAAUGUGUAUGUACCAGAAACACUCAGACAUAAUAAAAGUUGAUCAGAAAAGAAUAUCUAGCUCCAGACUUGGCCAUUAAAUAACCUAUUACAACCUAACAUCCGUAUGCAUAUUGUCCAAACUGUUCUCUAAACAUUUCUUGAGGUGGUGACAAGGAGAAUUUGGUUAACAAUCACAAACUUCAAUCAAGUGCUUCUUCAGAUGGUGAUCAUUUCCUUUAUUCUUGUGACCUUAAAGUUUGACGCAGGGAUGGUAUUGUGGGGAGAAAUUGGAUACUAGUAGCUCUUAGAGGUUAAAUGGUUAAGAGCACCU